AUGGGCGCGAGAUCGGAUUACACUCAGGGCAUCGAAAAAUCAGAUUCGACUGAUGCCAACACCAACGCCAACGUCAACAGAAACCACGUCGACCCAGACGAGACACCACCAAUCUACUACGACGCCGAACCAUCAGCGCAGCCACCAAGAUACCCUGAUAAGCAGUCCACUUCUUCUACAGAACCGCAAAAAGGGCCUUUGUCACGACCUACACCCUCAAAUGCGCACCGCAGCAGCGGCGCACCCGCAAUCCUUGGGUCUGAAUACACCGAUCUAGAUGCUCAGCGACGAGCAGACCGUAAGAAGAAAACCCUUCGCGAGCGCUGGAAUGAUUUCAAAGAGAGGAAUUUUGGCGACUAUGAUCUUACUGAGGACAGGGCUGGAGCGGCGAGUGCGGCUGAGUGGAAUGUGCAGGGUGGGAGGCUGAAGGGAGGAAUGACGAGUCCGUAUCGGAAGAAGGGAAAGUAG